AAAAAAUUCACACACGUUUUGGAAAAUUUGACGGACGUGGUUAUUGCAUAGAUUUCCAUCUUUUUUCUGGUAGAAAGUGAAUACAAAGACCAGAUGAUUCCUGCAAAAGCCUUGAAAAGGGCAGUGAUGUUUCCACAACAUAGACAGCUCUUGAUGAGAAGCCUAAAUAGGUCACAAAAGACAAUUUCAAAAGAUUAUACUGUUGCCUCGGUGUUGAGGGAUCAAAGCGCUGUACCUCGAGGGAAACGGGUUGUGAAUAUUUGCUCAUGGUGUAGACAUAACCAUAUGAAUCAAGUUCACAGACAGCUUAGUUCACAAACUUUUUCAAAUUCCUAUAAAUAUUUACUUAAAUACUACAUUAGAGAAGGGAAUGACCUUUCUAGGACCACUUGGAAUAGACUACAACAGAACGUUGGAAUAAAAUAUAGUCAAAGACUAGGUCUUGCUACCAUUUCAAGGUCGGAUGGAUCACAAAAAGUUCCAUUGGCAAAGACAGCACCAGUAAGACGUGUUGGAAGGAAGAAACAGACAGCUGGUAUAAUUGAUGAUUCAUUACAUCACAUGAACGUUGUUUCCUACGCAGUUGGUGAGGAGCUUGACAUAACUGCUGUAAGAAAUGAGAUGUUAACUCAAGGAGUGUAUGACAUUGUUGACCUACCAAGAGAUAUAACAGAUGUUUUAAUGGUUGUGGCUAAAUACAAGGUUGAUGGACAGUCCAGGGAAGCAUUUUUCUUCAGUGAUGGUGGUGUUGCAUUUUGGCAUAUGUCUGAAUCUGAGAGACAUGAUUUAUGGAAGCUGGCAAGAUCUUUUGCUGUCAACCCAUAUGAUCAUCAUUUAAUUGUUGAAGAGAGUGAAAACUUGUCAGUGGUGUAUGACAGUGUGACAAGGCUUGUAGGAAACACAGUUCAGUUGAAGAGACCUGCAGAGGAUAAACUGUUUGAUGAAGAAUCAACAUUAAAUAAAUAUACUUUCUCUAAUGCUCUUUCACAGUCAGUAAAUUUAGCAAUGAGUGAAGCCAAUCUGGAAAGAUUCAUUGAACAACUGGAGCCAGAAACACAGAAACUGAGACGUGGUGUUAAAUCAUCAUUGAAGAAGAAAGAUAUCAAUAUGAGACUUGGAGAAGUUUUCCAGUUAAGACAUGAGAUCAACCUUGAGUCUGGAUAUUUGGAUCAUCCUGAUAUAUACUGGGACAGAGAGGAGUUAGAAGGACUAUAUAGAGAGAUGAUAUUGUACCUGAGUAUACCUAAACGUAUUAAGGUAUUAAAUGAGCGUUUGAACUAUUGUUCAGAGAUACUACAGUUGUUUAGUAGUCAGCUGAAUGAUCAACAUCAUGUCAGACUGGAGUGGAUCAUCAUUAUCCUUAUUCUGAUUGAGGUUGUGUUUGAAUGUGUCCAUUAUGUAGAGAAAUACGGCAUAACAAAUACAGAGAAACCUGAUCUUGACCAGAACUUGUCACCACAGACAGUACAUACCUCCAGUGACCAGAAAACAUUGAAUUAUGAUCAGCACAGGACAUCCAUGACAUUGGAACAACAAAAGGUCAAAUGAUACCUAUAGCCAGUCACUUAAGAAAUUGUGAAUUGAUACAUGUAUAUAAGGUUUGAUUGGUUCAAGGUAUGGCCAGUGAUAAAGUGAUACAUAAACAGUCAACGAUGGGCAUUGUUUCAGGCCAGCAAAAGUGUUAAUGGUAAAUGUUAACUGUCACUUUUCUGAACCAAUGUUCUCCUUUCCAUGUUUGUAUUAGCAUUGCUUUUCUUUUCUCGUUUGCAUGUUAUGGUCUGUUGUGCAGAUAGUCUUUAUUCACAGGUUAAAAUAUAUUGUUAAUACUAAAAUUGGAAACAAGUUGCAAAUAAGAACAAGAACUCCCAGUUAACAGGUGUUUUUUAGCUCACCAGAGCCAAAGGCUGAUGGUGAGCUUUUGUGACCGCUUAAUGUCCGUCGUCUGUGGUGUGUCGUGUGUCUGUCAACAUUUUCUAAAAAUAGCACUUCUUGAAAACCACUGGGCAGAAUUACACCAAGCCUGACAGGAAUGAUCCUUGGGUGGUGCCCUUUCAAAAUUGUUCAAAGAAUUUAAUUCCGUGCAGAACUGUGGUUGCCAUGGCAACCGAAAGGAAAAACUUUAAGAAUCUUCUUGUCCAAAACCGCAAGAUGUAGAGCCAUGAUAUUUGGCAUGUGACAUCAUCUUAUGGUCCUCUAUCAAGAUUGUUCAAAUUGUGCUCCUGGAAAGAAAAAGAGGCCCCACCCCGGGGGUCUCAAGUUUUACAUAGACUUAUGUAGGAAAAAACUUCAAAACUCUUCUUGUCUAAAACCACAAGGCCUUGAACCUUUGAUAUUUGGUAUGUAGCAUUGCCUUGUGGUCCUCUCCCAAUGUUGUUCAAAUAAUUACCCUUGGGUGAAAAGAGGCCCCGCCCAGGGGAGCCUCAAGUUUUACAUAGACUUGUAUAGGAAAAAUCUUUAAAAAUCUUCUUGGCUGAAACUGCAAGACCUAUGCCUUUGAUAUUUUGUAUGUAGCAUUGCCUUUUGGUCCGCUAUGAAGAUUGUUCAAAUUGUGCCCAUGAGGUGAAAAGAGGUCCCACAUGGGGGGUCCCAUAUAUAGGAGAAAACUUUAAAGAAUUAAUCUUCUUGUCUGAAACUGCAAGGCCUAGGCUUUUGAUAUUAAGUGUGUUGCAUUGCCUUGUAGUCCUGUACAAAAAAUAUUCAAAUUAUUACCCUGGGGUAAAAAGAGGCACUGCCCCGGGGGUCCCAAGUUUAACAUAGACUUAUAUAGAGAGAAAAAAAAAUCUUCUUGUCUGAAAGUUCAAGGCCUAGGCCUUUGAUAUUUGGUAUGUUUCAUUGCCUAGUAGACCUCAAACAGGAUUGUUCAAAUUAUGCCCCAGGGGUGAAAAGAGGCCCUGUCCUGGUGGUCACUUGUUUUAUGAGUUAUAUAUAUGAAAAAUACUUCAAAAAUUAUCAGAUCAUAUUUCCUACACUGUUUUAUUAAAUUUGCCUGAUGAACCCAAGUGAUUAUGUGUCACCUUACUGUGACAUUGACCUGCUUUUUUGUUUUUUUUGAGAUACAGCCUUGAAAUUUGGAUGACAUGUACAGUUUUACAUCACGAUCUUAAAACUGACUUUCAGUUACCAUGAAUGUGGCAUACUGACCUACUUUCUUAUAUUUAGCAUCAGUUUGCCAUUAGAAACAUGUGGCUCGUAUUACUUAGGUGAGCGAUUUAGGGUCAUCAUGACCCUCUUGUUUAAAUCAUAGGUACUGGGUACUGUAAAAUGUUUGCAGUCUGAUCAUGAUCUGCACUGUUCGCCAUUCAGCUAGUAUCUUUUUGAUAAGCUCCCCUUUUAACAGUUAAUGCUACUAUUAAUUGUAGAAAUUUAGCAUUGUAAAGGUUAAUGGUGUUAAGAAUUUGUGAAAUGUGAGUGAUUGUGUUUUAGGGCAUGCUGCAGAUAUAUAAUCACAAAUUUAUUAGAUUAGCAAAUAGUUCCACUUAGAACUCUAAAAUGCUUAAAAUGUUAGAUUGGUGAUAUUCUUGCACAAGAUUCACAUAUUAGUUUAAAGGAUGUAGGACUUCUUGUAUUCAAUCUGGUCAUGGAAUCUUGCUGUUUUUCGUAUAAUGUUCUUGUUUUAGGUAGACUAUUCAAAGAAUAGGUAGAGCUAUUUGACUUGCCAGUGGGUCUGUAUUGGCGUCCCAACUUGGUUAAGGUUUUAUAUAUAAGCUGGUAUCUCAGUAACCACUUGUGGGAAUGGAUUAAAAUUUCAUACAGUUAUUCACUGUGAUGAACUUACUUGCAAUGCAAAGGUUCCUUAACCCUAUUUGCUUGUUAACAGAAUUAUGCCCCUUUUUUCACUAAGCAGUUUUUGGUUAAGUUUUUGUAUGUAAGCGUUUGUCUCAACACCCACUUAAGCGAAUGGAUUGAAACUUAAUACACCUGUUCACUGUGAUGAACUGACAUGCAUUAUACAGAUUCCAUAACUGUUUUGCAUUUUUAAAAAUUCUUCCCCUUUUCCCACUUCAUUCAUGUAUUCAUUCAAGUGACAAGUCUGUUGAAUAGUCAAGCAUUGCUGUCCUCAAACAGCUCAUGUCUCUUUUUUUAGCUCACCUGUCACAAAGUGACAAGGUGAGCUUUUGUGAUCGCGCGGUGUCCGUCGUCCGUGCGUGCAUGCGUGCGUCCGUAAACUUUUGCUUGUGACCACUCUAGAGGUCACAUUUUUCAUGGGAUCUUUAUGAAAAUUGGUCAGAAUGUUCAUCUUGAUGAUAUCUAGGUCAAGUUCGAAACUGGGUCACGUGCCGUCAAAAACAAGGUCAGUAGGUCUAAAAAUAGAAAAACCUUGAGACCUCUCUAGAGGUCAUAUAUUUCACAAGAUCUUCAUGAAAAUUGGUCAGAAUGUUCAACUUGAUGAAAUCUAGGUCAAGUUCGAAACUGGGUCACGUGCCUUCAAAAACUAGGUCAGUAGGUCUAAAGAUAGAAAAACCUUGUGACCUCUCUAGAGGUCAUAUAUUUCACAAGAUCUUCAUGAAAAUUGGUCAGAAUGUUCACCGUGAUGAAAUCUAGGUCAAGUUUGAAACUGGGUCACGUGCCAUCAAAAACUAGGUCAGUAGGUCUAAAAAUAGAAAAACCUUGUGACCUCUCUAGAGGUCAUAUAUUUCACAAGAUCUUCAUGAAAAUUGGUCAGAAUGUUCACCUUGACGAUAUCUAGGUCAAGUUCGAAACUGGGUCACUUGCCAUCAAAAACUAGGUCAAUAGGUCAAAUAAUAGAAAAACCUUGUGACCUCUCUAGAGGCCAUAUUUUUCAUGGGAUCUGUAUGAAAGUUGGUCUGAAUGUUCAUCUUGAUGAUAUCUAGGUAAAGUUAAAAACUGGGUCACGUGUGGUCAAAAACUAGGUCAGUAGGUCUAAAAAUAGAAAAACCUUAUGACCUCUCUAGAGGCCAUAUAUUUCAUGAAGUCUUCAUAAAAAUUGAUCAGAUUGUUCACAUUGAUGAUAUCUAGGUAAAGUUCGAAAGUGGGUCACGUGCCAUCAAAAACUAGGUCAGUAGGUCAAAUAAUAGAAAAACCUUGUGACCUCUCUAGAGGCCAUAUUUUUUAUGGGAUCUGUAUGAAAGUUGGUCUGAAUGUUCAUCUUGAUGAUAUCUAGGUCAAGUUCCGAGUGGGUCACGUGCCUUCAAAAACUAGGUCAGUAUGUCAAAUAAUAGAAAAAUCUUGUGACCUCUCUAAAGGCCAUAUUUUUCAUGAGAUCUGUAUGAAAAUUGGUCUGAAUGUUCAUCUUGAUGAUAUCUUGGUCAAGUUCGAAACAGGGUCAUGUGCGGUCAAAAACUAGGUCAGUAGGUCUAAAAAUAGAAAAACCUUGUGACCGCUCUAGAGGCCAUAUUUUUCAAUGGGUCUUCAUGAAAAUUGAUCUGAAUGUUCACCUUGAUGAUAUCUAGGACAAGUUUGAAACUGGGUCAUGUGCCUUAAAAAACUAGGUCAGUAGGUCAAAUAAUAAAAAAACCUUGUGACCUCUCUUGAGGCCAUACUUUUCAUGGGAUCUGUAUGAAAGUUGGUCUGAAUGUUCAUCUUGAUGAUAUCUAGGUCAAGUUUGAAACUGGGUCAACUGUGGUCAAAAACUAGGUCAGUAGGUCUAAAAUUAUUAAAAUCUUUUGACCUCUCUAGAGGCCAUAUUUUUCAAUGGGUCUUCAUGAAAAUUGAUCUGAAUGUUCACCUUGAUGAUAUCUAGGUCAGUUUCAAAACUGGGUCACGUGCAGUCAAAAACUAGACCAGUAGGUAUAAAAAUAGAAAAACCUUGAGACCUCUCUAGAGGCCUAUUUUCAUGAGAUCUUCAUGAAAAUUAGUGAGAAUGUUCACCUUGAUGAUAUCUAGGUAAAGUUCAAAACAGGGUCACGUACCUUCGAAAACUAGGUCAAUAGGUCAAAUAAUAGAAAAACCUUGUGACCUCUCUAGAGACCAUAUUUUUCAAUGGAUCUUCAUGAAAAUUGGUCAGAAUUUUAUCUUGAUAAUAUCUAGGUCAAGUUCAAAACUGGGUCACAUGAGCUCAAAAACUAGGUCAGUAUGUCAAAUAAUAGAAAAAUCGACGUCAUACUCAAAACUGGGUCAUGUGGGAAGAGGUGAGCGAUUCAGGACCAUCAUGGUCCUCUUGUUGUUUUGUUUUUGGCUCACAAAGCAUCUGUGCCCAUAUUCACAACUGAUCUCACGUCAAAAAUGACCUAAGUUCAAGAUUUUUCUUAAGUUUUUUAAAAUUUUCUUGAAGUUAAGAUGAAAAAAAUUAGUGUUGUUCCCAACCAUUUUUAACUUAAGUUUUGUCUUAAAAUCUGCCAUUUUCUUGCUUAAAGAUAAAGUCAGCCCCUACCCUGCCAUAAAUCUGAACUCUAGACCUUGUCAUUUUCAUAAUUUUUCCAGCUAAUAUAAUGAAAGUCAUUGAAAAUGAUCCACUAAUUAUGCAUGUUUAUGAUAAGAAAGCGAAAUAAUUAUAGGAAAUAAUUUUAUUUUUUUGUGUUUGAGAGAUUAAAAUGAAAUUAAAGCCUUUUUGUCAGCAUAAGCAAAAUUUCAGUAAAUGAUGCCUUCAGCAAAAAUGAAUAUAAAUUAGUUCAUUACACUUAUGAUGUAAAUAACAAUGUAAAUUAAACAACAAUCCUGUCUGGGAGAGUGACGGCCUGUAAUCUGCAUACAGGUUCCUAUGCUUAGUUAUCAAAUUUGUAAUUUUCUUCUCCAAUUCAUCAACUGUUCUUCUAGUCCUGGAACAAGCAGAAAACUUGCCAUGAAUCACAUGCCACUGAUCUUUCUUUGUUUUUGAAGUAAUUUCUACAAUGAAAACAAAUAGCUUUUUAGUUUUAGGUUACAUUGAGUCCAAAUAACUGUACCGAAGAGAUGAAUAUUGUUACUCCCUUGCUUUAGAAAUGAUGCUGAAUACCAGUAAAGUUGCGUGUUGCGUUAAGAUGAGAGUGCCAACUUAAAAAAAAAACAGAAUAGUGGGACUCAAAAACAGACAAAUGACCUAACAAUCCUGCAGCAUCUGUAAACACAUGCAAAGCCUUAUCAGUCAUCAGUAUGUAAUCUAACAGAAGUUUUUUUUCGUUGAAAUGUGAAAGUUUUCAAGCCUGAAUGUCACAACGACUCUCAACAGUAAGAGAAAUGCAAUGGUGAGGUUUUUUCACUUGUGUAGUGUGAUCAGUCAAUCUGUGCAUGAAACACCGACCCGGCAGUACAAUAUUGCAACAAAAAUUCAGUAAACCUAGUAGCGAGUGCAGUUCCACUAAAGAUUUUUCUACGCUUUGAAUAUUUAAGCAAAAGUGACAGUUCAUAUUAUUUAUCUUCUUGUAACCUAGUUUCCAGUGCCAAACAGUCCAACUGUUUUCGCCUGCAUGGGACUGGAAUGGGUGUGGUUUUAUGUAAACCUGCGAUACUUCUGCUGCAGUUUGUUCCUUGCUGCUGUAUGAACAAGACUGGACUUGGUACUGACCCCUGCAGUAUCCACAGACAUGUGCAGGUAUUGGCAGCUUUAAAGCUGCAUUUGCGGUAGUUUCCUCACGAUUUUUCAUAUACAUGUACUUCAGAAGCGCUGGCAUUUUUUUUGAAAUUUCAGCACAUACACAGCAUCAAGCUCAAUUGAUAGAAUCUUUCUAGCCCUUUGUUGGGGCACAAAACUAGAGUUGUUAUCAUUGUCAACCUGUAACAUAAAUUUGUUAUGAUUAGCAAUAUUUGAUUCUUGUAUAGGCAGAAGAACACACAAAUCAGUAUAUCAAUUGAUCCAAAUUUUCUUCUGAAUUUUAACAUCAAUUUGAGACACAAUAGUGGUUGAGAUUGGUUCAACCAACAGAGGUCUAUUACCGCCCACCACAAUGUCAUUUAUAUAGCCUUGUAUUGCAGCCCGAAAUGACAGCCCUUCCUCUUCAACUGAAGUAUCUCAAUCAUUGUUGGAAGUGUCCGAUAGCUCAUCCACUGUGGAAAUGUCACCCGGAUUUUCAUCCACUGGCUCAUCCACAUUACUCUGUGUGGAUCUUAUAAUGAUACGAGUCUGCCUGCAUUCAGUUCUGCCAGUAACCGCUGCUCGGGUAUUGUUGUAUAGUUUCUGUUGACUCCUCUCUGACAAAUGAACACUAUCACUAGCUAAGAUCUUUGUCAGUGCCUCAUCUGACCAGAAGCUUUUUGGCACCUCAAGACAAACACAUUUGUGGAACAACAGUUAAUUUUUGCGAAAAAAAUACCAUUUGUUUCAUAAACCCUGUUAUUAAACCAGAGAAUGACUACUACUUAUGGAAUUGAACUGUUUCCCAACCAAUAAAAAUAGGCAACACGAAUACAGAUGCUACUGCCUGAAUAAAAAACAGAGUAUCCAUCAAGUCCAUAAUGGCAGAACUGACAGAUUUGAUUUAUUCUACAGCAAAGAAAAGCCAUUUAAGUGCCUGCGAUUAAAAUCAACUAGUCCUUGACACGAACUAAAUUAUGUCUUUAUUUAUCCACUUUCCUGCCACUGAAACAAGUGUUCUGCACUAGAGCAUCUCUGGAGUUUUAAUUGCAGAUAAAAAUUCAUUAGGUCUCCAUAUGAUUCACAAAUGACUGAUCAAACAAUAAUAUUGUUUUACUUUUAACGCUCGAUCCGCCAUCUUGAACGGGUUUAGAAAUGGAUAUGGUUGAAGUUGAAAGAAUGGUGAUAGCCCUGUUAGAAUUAAUACCUUUGUUUUCCUUAAUUUCAGCAGUGGCCAAGAUAUCUGUUUUAACACUUGAAGAAAUAAUUAUUUUAGUGCCGUUAUUUUUAUGACGGUUUAAAAAAAUCUGUAAUAGUCAAGUAUCACUGUUUUAACAUAUUAUAUUUGCAGUCCUGAAUACGAAUACAUAAGAACGCAUAAGAACAAAGCAAAAUACUUUCUCAUUUAAACCCUGAAACUGCUUCACAUCAGUCUCUCAACAUUUACAAAUAUUUUCAGAAAUGUGCACAUUUCUUUGCUCUCACCUAUUUGGCACUAAGGGUGGCAAAAGGUUUGUGUGACUAACACAAAUUUUCCAUUUUUAGCUCAUCUGAUUUUUUGAAAAAAAAUGAUGAGUUAUUGUCAUCACUUGAGCGGUUGUUGGCGUCGGCGUCGGCGUCUGCGUCGGCGUUGCCUGGUUAAGUUUUAUGUUUAGGUCAGCUUUUCUCCUAAACUAUCAAAUCUAUUGCUUUGAAACUUGGAAUACUUGUUCACCAUCAUAUGCUGACCCUGUAUAGCAAGAAACAUAACUCCAUCUUGCUUUUUGCAAGAUUUAUGGCCCCUUUUGUACUUAGAAAAUAUCAGAUUUCUUGGUUAAGUUUUAUGUUUAGGUCAACUUUUCUCCUAAACUAUCAAAGCUAUUGCUUUGAAACUUAGAAUACUUGUUCACCAUCAUAAGCAGACCCUGUACAUCAAGAAGCAUAACUCCAUCUUGCUUUUUGCAAGAAUUAUUGCCCCUUUUGGACUUAGAAAAUCAGUUUUCUUGGUUAAGUUUUAUGUUUAGGUCAGCUUUUAUCCUAAACUAUCAAAGCUAUUGCUUUAAAACUUGCAACUCUUGUUCACCAUCAUAAGCUGACCCUGUACAGCAAGAAACAUAACUCCAUCCUGCUUUUUGCAAGAUUUAUGGCCCCUUUUGGACUUAGAAAAUAUCAGAUUUCUUGGUUAAGUUUUAUGUUUAGGUCAACCUUUUCUCUUAAACUAUCAAAGCUAUUGCUUUGAAACUUGCAACACUUGUUCACCAUCAUAAGCUGACCCUGUACAGCAAGCAACAUAACUCCAUCCUGCCUUUUGCAAUAAUUAUUGCCCCUUUUGGACUUAGAAAAUCAUUUUCUUGGUUGAGUAUUAUGUUAUUGAGUGUAAGUCAACUUUUCUCAUAAACAAUCAAAGCUAUUGCUUUAAAACUUGCAACAGUUUUUCACCAUCAUAAUUGGACACUGUACAUCAAGAAACAUAACUCUAUCCUGCUUUUUGCAAGAAUGAUGGCCCUUUUUAGACUUAGAAAAUCAUGGGUAGGACAAUAUUUCUAUUAUACAAAAAAAAUCAGAUGAGCGUCAGCACCCGCAAGGCGGUGCUCUUGUUUUGUUGCCUGUGAUGACAUAGUAAAUGGCAUUGUGCCUUGAACAAGACGAAAGUUUUGAAUCCUUUCUAUUUCACUUUCCACAUGGAUACGGAGGUUUGCGGUGUGUUUUGUUGCUUCCACUGCAUGUGGCAAAAACUGCUUCUUAAAAGGGGGAAUUAUUAAAUCUACACCCCAAGGCGUUGUCAAGGUGGAGUUUGUAUAUUCCUUGUCCAUUGAAUUAGUUCUGCUGGUUUUGGUGUGAUAGACAUUUCUCAGGUGUAUAAGUCACCAUUGGAAUAUAACUCUGUUUCUUUUUUAUACCCUUACAAAAUGAAGUUUGUGGGGUAUAUAGGAGUGAGCUUGCCGGUCAGUCGGUCGGUCUGACGGUCAGUUGGUUUUAUGGUUUCCAGAUGAAAACUCUUGAAAGGCUUGACUGAUUAUGCCCCCCUUUGAAAAUGGAGGGGUUUAUUGUUUUGCAGAUGUCGGUCGGUAGGUCGGUCGGUCGGUCGGUCGGUUGGAAUGUAGACCUAUCUGUUUCCGGAUGAUAACUCAAGAACGCUUGGGCCUAGGAUCAUGAAAGUUGAUAGGGAGGUUGGUCAUCACUAGUAGAUGACCCCUAUUGAUUUUGAGGUCUGUAUGUCAAAGGUCAAGGACACAGUGACCCUGAAUAGUAAAACGGUUUCCGGAUGAUAACUCAAGAACACUUGGGCCUAGGAUCAUGAAAGUUGAUAGGGAGGUUGGUAAUGACCAGCAGAUGACCCCUAUUGAUUUUGAGGUCAGUAUGUUAAAGGUCAAGGUCACAGUGACCCGGAACAGUAAAACGGUUUCCGGAUGAUAACUCAAGAACACUUGGGCCUAGGAUCAUGAAAGUUGAUAGGGAGGCUGGAAAUGACCAGCAGAUGACACCUAUUGAUUUUGAGGUCAGUAUGUUAAAGGUCAAGGUCACAGUGACCCUGAACAGUAAAACAGUUUCCGGAUAAUAACUCAAGAACGCUUUGGCCUAGGGUCACGAAAGUUGAUAGGGAGGUUGGUAAUGACCAGCAAGUGACCCCUAUUGAUUUUGAGGUCAGUAUGUCAAAGGUCAAGGUCACAGUGACCAGGAACAGUAAAAUGGUUUCCAGGAAAUAACUCAAGAACGCUUGAGCAUAGUAUCAGGAAAAUUGAUAGUUAGGUUGGCCAUGACCAGCAGAUGACCCCUAUUGAUUUUGAGGUCAUCAGGUCAAAGGUCAAGGUCACAUUGGCCAGGAACAGUUAAAUGGUUUCUGAUCUUCUUGUCCAAAACCAUAGGGCCUAGGGCUUUGAUAUUUGGUAUGUAGCAAAAUCUAGUGUCCUCUACCAAGAUUGUUCAG